CCUUCCGUGUCUUUGUUCAGAGGCAAAGGGGGCCAUGUGUAGAAUGGGAGCCGAGGGAGGGCCAUCGUAGCAAGAGAUCGGGGCAUGGCAGAAGGAGAGGAAGGUGAUGCCAGAGCCCCACCUGUCCGCCUCUGGGUGCGACGGAUAGGUGUCUAUUGCGACGAAAAUCAGAAAACAUGGCUGGUGGCAACCGAAGAGGCAAGUAAGAACAUUCCUCGCAAUUGUCUUUUUGAUCAUUUGGAGAGCAUUUUCCUUUUCCUUUUCUUUUUUUAAAGCAGACACUCACAUUGUACGCUUCGUUUUGGGAUUCUCCCGCAGGAGGCAGGCACGCUGAAAGCCCGGAUCAGAAGAGUCCAGGUCCCCCUGGGUGAGGCGGUGCGCCCCAGCCGCCUGCCUGCAUCCCAGCUGCCGCACAUGUGGCAGCUUUCAGAGGGGCAGAAGUACAGGGACAGCAACUCCCGCAUCUGGGACAUUGAACACCAUUUGCGAAUCACGGGAGUGGAGGAGCUGCUGCUGAAACUCCUGCCAAGUGAUUAA